AUGGGCUCCCGGCACUUCCCGGCCCGGACCGUGCUCUUUGAGAAGGAAUCCAACGGUGUCACGUAUCGUGUGCCCGCCCUGCUCUACCUGCCCUGCGUGGCCAAGCUGCUGGCCUUCGCCGAGGAGCGGCUCAGCGCCGACGAUGCCCACGCCAACCUGCUGGUGCUGCGCCGCGGCACCAUCUACGGCAGCUACGUGGAGUGGGAAGACAUGCGUGUGCUGGAGACAGCAACGCUGCAGCACCAUCGGUCAAUGAACCCCUGCCCACUCUACGAUGAGUUCACAGGCACCCUCUUCCUCUUCUUCAUCACGGUGCUGGGCAGGACACCUGAAGCCUACCAGAUUGUCACUGGCCAAAAUGUCACCCGCCUCUGCUGUGUCACCAGUGCUGACCAGGGCCUGAGCUGGAGUACAGCCACAGACCUGACACAGCAGGUCAUUGGUGCGACCAUCAAAGACUGGGCGACGUUCGCGCUGGGCCCUGGCCACGGGAUCCAGCUGCGUUCUGGCCGGCUGCUGGUGCCUGCCUACAGUUACCACAUCGACUGCAAGGAGUGCUUUGGGCAGCUCUGCAAGACCACCCCGCACUCCUUCGCCUUCUACAGCGACGACCACGGCCGUGCCUGGCGCUUCGGGGAGUUCAUUCCCAACCUGCAGACGGGCGAGUGCCAGCUGGUCUCAGUGGAUGAGGAGGAUGGAUCCAACGUCCUCUACUGCAACGCCCGCAGCCCCUUGGGCUUCAGGGUGCAGGCACUCAGCACGGAUGAUGGGGCCGUUUUCCAUGGGGGGCAGCUGGUCCAGCGGCUGGUGGAGCCCCCCCAUGGCUGUCACGGCAGUGUCAUUGGCUUCCCAGCACCAUUGGUGUAUGUCCCCACGGCCUCCCGGGACACCGGGAUGCCCCUCCAGGGCUCAGCUCUCCCGCUGCUCCCUGGAGCGCUCCGGGGGCUUGGGCACCUGCCCACCCGACAGGCAGGAGGUGCUGAGCUGCCCACUGGCAACCUCCAUGAGCCCAGUGAGGAUUGUCCUACCCCAGGGCACCACGGUGAUGCCCACAGUGUCACCUUGGGCCAGGGGCACUCUGCAGCAACCCCCAGCUCUACUCCUUUCUUCCAAGCACCAACCUGGAUCCUCUACUCCCACCCCACCAGCUCCAUGUCUCGGGUUAACAUGGGGGUUCACCUGAGCACCUUCCCCAGGGAUGCAGAGAGCUGGACAGAGCCCUGGGUCAUCUACGAGGGCCCGAGCGCUUACUCAGACCUGGCUUAUCUGGAGCUGCCCUACAGGGACGCGCCGGUGGCCGGUGGCACAGCCAUCGCCUUCGCCUGCCUCUACGAGAACGGGAUGAGGUCUCCUUAUGAGCAGAUCUCCUUCAGCAUGUUCACACUGCACGAUGUGCUCCAGAACAUCCCCCUGACAGCUGCUGCUCCCCGCCGGGGCCGCGGCCCCACGCGCCACCGGGGCAAGAGGAGAAGGAGCUGCCUCAUCUCCUAG